AUGACUCGCAAUGGAGGUUUACACAAGGAGAACAACAACGAGGUCCCCCAGGCUAUUGCCGGUGCACUCCAGGCUGCUGGCCAGUGGCGUACUAACGCAGCCAACGGGCCUCCUCUCGACGCCCCGCCAAUGUUCAAUAGUGAUCCCUCCCAGAUGCCUGAGGACGCCGACUCUCCCUUUAAAGAGGCCGCUUCGUACUCCGUUACGAAGCGGGGAAAUCACCCGCGUUCAGGCCAGAAAGUCCCGCCCUCCAGCUACGAUCUCAUGGUUAGCUAUGACUCGUUCAACUUUCAGCACUUGAUCUCUCCACGGCCGUACCUAAUGAUCGCUGGAUCUGAUGCUCAGAAUCUUCAUUUCAGUAGAGAUGCAGUUGCUGCUGCGCGUGAGCCCAGGGAGCUGUUUGUUGUUGAUGGAAAGAACCAUUUCGACCUCUAUGAUGACCUCACGGUAUCUGGACCAAAGCUUGUGAAUUACUUUGGAAAGAAUCUUUAA